AUGGGUCGGCCAAAAAGUCGACGCGCACUCAGUGCGAGUCGAUUUCAGGAAGGCUCUAUGAAUGAUAGGACUUCUGCUGCGCCCCCAGUGCACUUUCUGGGCCCUGAAGAGCGCGCUGCUCUGGAGCGACCUGCUCUGACGAACAUCAAAUCCAAUAAUUCGCGACCGAUGAGCGAUGACUUCUCCGAUAAGCAGGUCAAGCGAGGAAGGCUUCUGGGUCAAGUCUGGGAUGAGGUGAGAGGCAGACUGGGAUUUAAGAGGGAUAAUGAAGAAGAGAGAGGGACAAGGAAGAGGUCGAGGAGCCGUAAGCGAGAUCAGUCUGAACAACGAGGCAGACAAAGGGAGAGGGAGAAUGGUUCUAGAGAUGGACCUGUGGAGCUGAAGACCGCUGAAGACACUCCCAGGGAGGAUAUGCCCAGCCGAGAAGAGAUAUUGGCCAACUAUCACAAUUUGAUGGCUUCGGGUUUCUUCUCGUCUCAUGCUAUUCAGUCAACUCGACAGCCACCUCCCGGUUCUAUUCAGGCCUCACACCACCUAUCUGCCCCCCCUCAUCCGACGUCUCUUAGAGACGCUUUAUCUCGAGCCACCGCACCUCAAGAUGGUAUUCCUCGGGCCCCAAACUAUGAUGCACCUUCACCACCCAAGUCACCUACCAAGAUCAAGCACUUGCAAAAAUACCACUUACGCCCCGAUGGUCCAGGAGCCGCUACUUAUGAAGAGCUCGUUGCAUCUGGGUUCUUCACACCUCCAAUCUCUGACAGUGCUCCACCACCAACUCCCAUUGGAGCUGCCCCAGCCCCAACUGUUUAUACCGGUCGUAUGUCGCGAGACUAUCUUCAGCCGCCUCGACAGACCAGAGGAUCUCGAGCAGCAACGCCCUCAGCUUCUCGUGCACCUUCUCCUAUUCGAUCACCUGCCAGCGCCUCCUCCCGAGGAACAAAGCGCGCAGCAGCUGACUCAAAUUCUGAGGACGAAGAGGAGAAUCCAUCUCGUGACCCUCCAACCCCAAAGAAGAAGUUACGUAAGUCUGCUUCUCGAGAUAUCACCCUACCGAAACUGCGAAAUGUCGCUUCUCGCCGCAACAUGCUCUCAUCACGACGUAGUGUGUCGGGGCCUCAUGGAGCUAGCAAGGAGUAUAACACACUCGCUCGCCGUGUCCUGGGCCGUCUUCCUGGAGGCGGUGGUCGAGGCUCCCUGGACAUCGACCGCCGGCCAGCUUCUGCUUCUAGAAGGAGCACCGAAGAGUCUAGACAGCCACUGCAAGAGGUUCAAUAUACGCGAAUCCUACGUUCGCGAAAGAGCGCUGCGGAAGGACUCAGCGUUGUACCAAAUGCUAACAGGGGCAUUCCAAAGGUUCCUAAUAUUCCUGAAAAGUUUGCCGCCUACGAUGAAGAUGCUGAGAACACGGCUCCAGCAAUUCGCUCUCGUUAUUAG